AGCGGAAGAGAACGCGGCGGUGUGACAGAGUUAUUAAUAAUAAUGAGUUUAAUAAAAAGAUCAGAUGAUCGGGUUUAAUCUCUGUCAGGAUGCCGCUGUUGACUCGGAAUAAGCGAAUAGAGCGCGUGAGCUCAGCUGCGGAGCUCUUCAGCAAACACCCGCAUCUGAAGGAAAGUGCUCAGCAGUUUGUGUCCAGAAGUCCAGAGUCUGUGGACCCUAAACAGCUCCUGUAUGUCCAGCAGCGGGAGUUUGCGGUGACCACACCAGCGGACAAUUCGGUCUCUAUCCUGGGAUCCGAUGACGCCACGACAUGCCACUUAGUCGUGCUUCGACACACAGCACAUGGACUGAAGUUCCUCUGAUAGUCAGUGCCGUCACUUCUAGAAGCAGCCCAGCAAAAGAGGGCAGGUGC